GCCCGGCNCUCCGCCGGUCGGCGGCGUCCUGCCUCCCCCAUCGCUCGCGGGCCGGGCCGCAGGAAGCCGCGCUCGGCGGGCGUGGAGCCGCCCCACCGCCGGGCCGCGCGAGCCGGCAGUGAUGAUGAUUCAUGGUGCCCAGUACAAAGGAAAGACCACUUCCUCUCUGGAGCAGAGCUGGAGCCAGAGCCCCCAGCCCCAUCUCUUCUCUGCUCUGCUUGAGUCUUCUGGAAUGGACCUGCCUGCCCGGAAGCCAGGUCACCCUUGGUCCUGGUCUUGCCUGCCCCCUGGGGAACACAGGAGGGAGCCCCAAGGCUGGCCCAGGAAGUGCCACCUGCUGACUGACCACCAAAUGUGGCCCAGGCAGUGGUAGCGGCAUUCGCGGCAGAGGAUGUCCCAGGUCCUGGAGCGUGCAGAGGGCUGCUGGGCCUGGGUAGUGCUGCUGGCCUCCCUGGUAACCCAGGGCCUCACUCUGGGCUUCCCCACGUGUACUGGCGUCUUCUUCACUGAACUGCAGCACGAGUUCCAGGCCAGCAACAGUGAGACCUCAUGGUUCCCCUCCAUCCUGACAGCCAUGCUCCACGCUGGGGGACCCCUGUGCAGCAUCCUGGUGGGACGCUUUGGCUGCAGAGUGACGGUGAUGCUGGGGGGCGCACUGGCCAGCCUGGGAAUGGUGGCCGGCUCCUUCUGCCGCACCCUUAGCCAGCUCUACCUCACAGCAGGAUUCAUCACAGGCCUGGGCAUGUGCUUCAGCUUCCAGUCGAGCAUCACCGUGCUGGGUUUCUACUUCUCCCGCCAUCGGGCGCUGGCCAAUGCGCUGGCUUCGGUGGGCGUCUCCCUGGGCAUCACGCUCUGGCCACUGCUCUCCCGCUACCUCCUGGAGGACCUGGGCUGGAGGGGUACCUUCCUUGUCUUCGGCGGAGUUUUUCUCCACUGCUGUGUCUGUGGAGCCAUCCUGAGGCCCGUGGCCACCAGCACGGCCCCUGAGACCACGGAAGGCCCCCCUCCACCUUCCAAGACACCUGCUCCCGGCUGCGUGGCAGCGUGUGGUCGGGCCAUCCAGCGCCACCUGGCCUUUGAUAUCCUGCGGCACAACGCGGGCUACCGCGUGUAUACGCUGGGUGUUAUGUGGAUGAUCCUGGGUUUCCCGCUGCCGCACGUCUUCCUGGUGCCCUACGCCAUGUGGCAUGGGGUGGACGAACACAGGGCAGCCCUGCUCAUCUCCAUCAUUGGCUUCAGCAACAUCUUCCUGCGGCCCAUGGCUGGGCUGGUGGCAGGCCGGCGGGACUUCGCUGGCCACCGGAAGUAUCUGUUCAGCCUGGCAGCCCUGCUCAAUGGCCUCACCAACCUGGUGUGCGCCGCGUCGGCCGACUUCUGGGUGCUGGUGGGCUACUGCUUGGCAUACAGUGUGUCCAUGAGUGGCAUCGGAGCCCUCCUUUUCCAGGUCCUCAUGGACAUUGUCCCCAUGGAUCGGUUCUCUAGCGCCCUGGGCCUCUUCACCAUCCUGGAGAGCAUCUCCAUCCUCAUCUCACCGCCGCUGGCUGGGCUCCUCCUGGACACCACCGACAACAACUUUAGUUAUGUUUUCUACAUGUCAAGCUUCUUCCUCAUAUCAGCUGCCCUCUUCAUGGGUGGCAGCUUCUGUGUCCUGCAGAAGAAGGAGAGGCCAGGCAAGCAGGCCGAGACAGAAGGAGCCAUCACGGAGUCUGCCUCAGAGCAGGGCCUCAUGGUGGAGGACUCAUGUGGUUCCAAGAAGCAGCUGAACACCGAGGUCAUGUAUGUGACCAGCGUCUGAGCCCUGAGGUCAGUGAGUGACCACCGCCACAGCCCAGGAAUGUGAUCUCCAGCUGCUAGGGCUGGGGUGAGGAGCUGGCCCAGGAGCCUGGAGCGAAAAGCCAUCCAGGUUCUGCACGCAGGGACUCAGCCAGGAGCAGAGACCUUGGAGGUUGGCCUCCAAAGACUCAGGGUUCCUUCCAACCAGCAGAAUCCAGGAGCGGGUCCUCCUGACUUUUUCUUUGGGGUACCAGCAUAUGUGGAGCCCAGGACAGUGAGUCUAAACCCUGCUUGGGUCUGUCACAGCCGGCUGGGCUCCGCUGGCCACCCAGUACUGCUGCUGCCACUCAACACACUGGACCCUCCCGUCUAGCCUGGGUGUCUCCGAUGUCAUUUCUUUGUCCUUCUCUGGCCUCCAGACAGUUCCAAAGAGUUCACCCCUCCUCGAAGGCCCUCCACCCCCUUUCUUCCCAAGGGCCCCAGCCCUUGCCCUUCGGGCAGCCCCCAGCACAGGAUGCUGAGCCCCAUGCUGACUGGAAGCUUGGGAAGAAGAACCUCAUGAAACAAUGAGCUGUGACCGGUCAUGGUGGAGGGCCAGGCUGAGAGGUUGGCAUGGACACAGGACACGGACAGAUUAAAGGUUGGGUAGAGGACCCAUCCUGGUGUCUGAGCAAAAAACUGGAGGGGAGCCCUCGGCUUAGGUCCUAGAAUCAGUGAAGUCUGAGGGGUCCCUGCAUGAAGCAGGGCCAGCUCUAAGGUCUCCCUCCCUCCCGUGCCCCCACCUUGUAUCUUGGUCAUGAAGCUGAGUGCUGGGGUGGGGAGAAGACUGACAUUUGAGUGAGCAGGGGAGUGGAAGGAUUGCUAGGCGGGGCGCGAGACCUCUGGAAAAAUAGAGCUGCUUUUGCAACAGAAGCCUUUCACUCCCUCUCCUGCCCCCUCUCCCUACAGUGUCAGAGGUGUCCACCCUGGGGUAAGUAGCUGGCUGGGCCAGCUGCCAGCCGACCUCUGCUCCCCGUGGGGCUAUGCCUGUGGUGUGGAGGUCAGUGCUCCCCACACACAUACUGUUUUUUACUGGAACUGGUUCCUGAGGUCAUCCCUGGGGGCUGGCUGUCAUCAGUCCAAGCUUGUCCCAGCAGGGUACCACCUGAGGGCAAUGGGAAAACAGAGUUUGUUUGAAUUACACACAAAAACGUUCCCGCAGCAGGUUAUAAACCCUGUGAACUAAUGAAGCUGGAAAUCAGGCCCUGAGUAAGUCCCUCUCCUCCUUCAGUUCUCCCUGCUCAGCAGGGGCUGCUGUGACCCAAGGCCUCGUUUGUUGAUUCAGGCUCAACCAGGCUGCAACAAGAAACCCUUAUCAGGAAAAUAAAUUUUAUUUUCAUGACCU